UUGGCAUUCAGAUAUUUUGAUACUAUUGGGCCUUAUAUAAUGAAUUGAUGACAAGAUUUUAGGCUCUUAGAUCAAUUGUGUUUAAUAUUCCAAUCCUUGGAAAAAAUGCGGGAUUUAAUCAAUAAUUGUGAUGAAAACUCGUGUAAUAAUGGCUUCAUCAAUUCAUUUAUCCUUGAACCAACGAUUAUUUGGGACAGAAAAGUGCCAGACACAGAGUUGGAUAAAUUUAAAAAAGUCAUUGAAGAAAAAUAUAAUAAGAAGUUUGAUUCUUACUGGGACUUUCACAAAUGGACUGUUGAUAAUUUCGUAGAUUUCUGGAAAGAAAUGUUUCAUUAUUUUAAUGUUAUCGCCUCGGUGCCUUAUGAGAAGGUGUUUGUCAAGAAAGGCAGUAACAUUCUAGAUUGCGAAUGGUUCCCUGGAGCUCGACUCAAUUACGCAGAAAAUAUCUUAAGAAUCAGGGAUAAUAGAACAGCCAUCAUCUGUCUGGAUGAACAUGAAAAUGAAGAAACCAUAACUUUUGCUGAAUUAUACGAGCAAGUGAAACUUUAUGCCGCAGCAUUUCGAAAACAUGGACUAGAGAAGGGCGACAGAGUUGGAUGCUACCUGUCAAAUAGAAAAGAGGCUGUUUUUGCGAUGUUAGCAGCGACAAGCAUAGGUGCCAUCUGGGGUGGGCCUUUACCAUAUUAUGGCUCUCGAGCAGCUUCAAACAUUUUAAAAAUGAUGGAUCCCAAACUAGUUAUCGCUGGAGAUGGCUUUUAUAAUUAUGGAGAACUGUAUUAUCAGCUGGACAACUUAUCAACGAUUGUGGAAAGUCUUCCAAACUUGACAAAGCUAAUCAUUGUUCCUACUCUGAAGGACACAUUAUCCAAGGACAUAUCCAAUAUCCCAAAAAGCAUCUUUCUAAAGGACUUCCUGGAAAGAGGCAAGACACCUGGUGGCAAUGUACCAGAUCUUGUAUUCGAACAACUUCCCUUCGAUCAUCCCAUAUCUAUCAAUUUCACAUCAGGUACUACAGGUUCACCCAAAGGAGUAGUACAUUCUGCAGUAACUUUUCUUUCGCUUUUGAGAGAUUUUAUAUUUCAUUUGAAUUUGAAGAGUGGAGACGUUGCUUACAGCCAUUGUGCGGUUGGGUGGAGUGUCUGGGAUUAUCCAUUUCCCACUCUUGCGUUAGGAAUCAAGCAAUUUCUAUUCGAUGGAGAGCCAGUAUAUAAAACGAAAAACUUCGAUUUAUGGACAGUUUUAUCAAAAUAUAAAAUAACAUAUGCGUUCAUUUCGACUUGCUAUUUUGACGGAUUGGAAGUUAUGAAUGUAUGGAAUGAUCAUCCAAAUCUAAGCUUCGAUCACUUGAAGGUUUUCACCAUGGGAGCUAGUCCUGUCAAGAAAAGAAAUUACGAUUUCAUUUACAAAAACCUGAAGAGAAAUGAUAUCUUCAUUGGUAGCCAAUACGGAGCUACAGAAAUGUUUGGCGAUUUUACUGGCUUUGACUUCAACACGAUUUCCUAUAUGGGUGAAUGCCAAGUUCCUGCUUUGGGAGUCGAUCUUCAAUGUGUCGAUAAACAAGGGAAACCAGUUGUUGGUCAGAGGGGAGAAGUUGUAGUGGCAACCCCUUGUCCUUCAUUUCCCGUAUGUCUUUGGGGCGACAAAGGUAACAAGAGAUUGUAUGACACAUACCUGAGCAAAUACGAAGGUGUUUGGUGCCAGAACGAUGAAGGAUGGAUUAACCCUAAGACAGGAGGAAUUGUCGUCAUCGGAAGAAGCGAUGAUAUAAUGACCCAAUAUGGAGAGCUAAUGAGUGCUGCUGAUAUAUAUUUCGCAAUUGAUAAUAUCAAAGAAGUGGUCGACUAUUUGUGUGUCGAGCAAAUGUGGAAAGAGGAAUCUCGAGUCAUUCUCUUCGUGAAGCUCAAAGAUGGACUCACUUUAACAGACAAUAUCAUAAAGAAAAUGGCUAUUAUGAUUAAAAAUGAAUUCGGAAAAUCAUACGUACCGCAAGUCAUAUUACAAGUGCCAGACAUACCGUAUAAUUUGAACAACAAGAGAAUGGAGAGCGUUGUGAGAAAGAUAGUAGCUACAAACAAGAUACCAGAAGUAGCGAAUAUCAAGAAUCCCGAGAGUUUGAAACAUUUCUUUAAUAUCCCUGAACUGACAGACGAAAACAUAGAGGCAAUACACCCCUUGCAACGAGUCGAAGAAGAUGAAUGUAGACGAAUUUUGUAGAUAGAUGAAAUAAUAAAAUGUGUUUCUAUGAA